AUGGAUCCAAACAUUUCAUUAUACGAUUACCAAAGCAUCUGGUCCUCGUAUUUUGAUAAAAAUAUAAAGGACAAGUACUUAAAAGACGAUAAAUAUAAUACGGACCCAAUUAUUGUUCGAUCUUAUGCUCGAGUGGGUCUGAUGGGGAAUCCCAGUGAUGGUUUUUAUGGAAAGACCAUGUCCCUCUUGAUAUCAAACUUUUGGUCAGAAGUUGUACUGGUUCCCAACUCACCUAUUAAACCUGGAUUUGGGAACAUCACUUUUAUGACCAAUAUGUUGGCUGAUCCUCGCAGCUUUAGCAAUUUAAGCUCUUUAGUUACUGUAUGUGAGAAUGAUGGGUAUGAUCACGGUGACAGACUAUUACUUGCGUGCUGCAAAGUCCUUUUUACCCACUGUAAAAAGAACAAUAUACCCAUCGAUACAUCUCAAGGAUUCGUUGUCAUGUACGACACAAACAUUCCUCGCCAAGUUGGACUUGCUGGGUCAUCUGCCAUCAUUACCGCUUUCUGGAAAGCACUUCUCAAGCUUUAUCGGAUCACCAGUAUUCAGAUCCCUAUUGAGCUACAGGCUAGUCUUGUUAUGGCUGUAGAAACAGAAGAGCUUGGUAUUGCUGCAGGUCUUCAAGAUAGAGUCAUUCAGGCUUAUGGCGGUCUGGUAAGCAUGGACUUUGAAAAGGAUCACAUGCAAACACAUGGUUAUGGAAAGUACACUAUUCUGGAUCAUUCAACACUUCCUCCUCUCUGGUUAGCUUAUGUUGCAAGUCCUGAAGACUCUGGGAAAGUUCACAGUACUGUCAAGCAAAGAUUCUUGGCUGGAGAUUCCAAGAUUAUAGAAGGAAUGCAAGUAUUUGCUACUUUGACAGACAAGGCACAAGAAAGCUUAAAAAAUGGAGACCACCGAGGUUUUGCAGAACUAAUGACUUGCAACUUUGAAAAUCGUCGGAGCAUUUAUGGCGAUGCUGUCGUGGGAGAAGUCAACUUAAGAAUGAUCAAUAUUGCUCGACAAAACCACUGUGCCGCUAAAUUUUCUGGAAGUGGUGGAGCAAUUGUUGGAAUGUGGAAUGGGUCAAAUAUAGAAUCGAGAAAACAAGAUCUUUUGAGCCUCAAGCAAUCGUUGGAAAAAGAGGGGUUUGUGUACGUUGAAUUGGUUCCUAUGGGUAGACAGAUUUAA